UAAUUAAUGAAAUAUAUUUUUGUGACUUUGAGCAUAGAGUGCUAGUUUGAGAACAAAAACUUGGUUUUGUGUUAUUCUAUUUUUUUAUCUCUUUUUAAAACUAUUUUUUUAGAAAAAGAUAAAUUUCUUGAUCAUUGAGCUAAAAUGUCAUGUAUUGUGAAACGGAGCGAAUACUUUUCUAUAAAUAUUAAAAAAGUUUCUUUUGUUGAAAUGUCUUAACAACAACUUACGUAACCAUAAUUAAUGGUCAUGUACCUUUCGCUCUGGAUUUAUUACAGUUAGAUACUAGGAUCAGAUUAAAACUUAAAUUAAUUAAAUAAUAUUUUUUUUCUCCGUGACAUCUCCGCCAUUGAAGGAAGAAUCAUUUCAAAAUCAUAAACUAAAGAGAUCCGAGCUUUGAGUUGUAGGACAGAAACAUUCUUAUCUACAACUGCUUUCCGACCAUGAGUGUAAUAACCGAAGAGGAAAAAACGAAUCACGGCGGAGUCGUGGAGGAGAAGCCAAAACGAUGGCGACUCAAUUCUCCUCUGUCUCAAGUCACCUUAAUGGGCUUCGUCUGUUUCUGCUGCCCAGGCAUGUUCAACGCUCUCUCCGGCAUGGGAGGCGGCGGUCAAGUCGACCCCACCGCCGCUAACAACGCUAACACCGCCGUCUACACCGCCUUCACCGUUUUCGGCGUCUUGGGCGGCGCGUUCUACAACGUCCUCGGUCCGCGCCUCACGUUAGCCGCCGGCUGCUCCACUUACGUCCUCUACGCCGGAUCUUUCCUCUACUACAACCACCACCACCACCAGGCCUUCGCCAUCGUCGCCGGAGCCCUCCUCGGCUGCGGCGCGGGGCUUCUCUGGGCGGGCGAAGGGGCCGUGAUGACGUCGUACCCGCCUCCGCACCGGAAAGGCACUUACAUCGCGCUGUUCUGGAGCAUCUUCAACCUCGGCGGCGUGAUCGGAGGUUUGAUCCCGUUUAUCCUCAACUACCGCCGCAGCUCCGCCGCGUCGGUCAACGACGCGACGUAUAUCGCUUUCAUGUGCUUCAUGUUCGCCGGGGUUCUCCUCUCGUUCGGCAUCCUCCCGGCGAACUCCGUCGUCCGCGACGACGGAUCUAGAUGCUCCGCCGUGAAAUACUCCCGCGCCUCGACGGAGUUCGCCGCCGUGCUGCGCCUGUUCCUCGACAAGAAGAUGCUCCUCAUCGUCCCCGCGGCUUGGGCUAGCAACUUCUUCUAUAGCUACCAGUUCAACAACGUGAACGGUCUCCUCUUCAACCUCAGGACCAGAGGCUUCAACAACGUGUUCUACUGGGGAGCUCAGAUGGCUGGCUCCUUCGCCAUCGGGUACAUAAUGGACUUCAGCUUCAAAAGCAGGAGAGCCAGAGGGUUCGCCGGAAUAUCCUUAGUCGCCGUGAUCGGAACCGUGAUAUGGGCGGGAGGGUUGGCGAAUCAGCACGGUUACUCGUUUGACAAUCUUCCGGUGAAGAAACUUGAUUUUAAAGAUUCAGGGAAAGGCUUCGCCGGACCGUUCAUGCUGUACAUGAGCUAUGGUUUGUUAGAUGCGAUGUAUCAGAGCAUGGUGUAUUGGUUGAUCGGUGCACUUGCGAAUGAUUCGAUGACUUUGAGUAGGUACAGUGGAUUCUACAAAGGAGUGCAGAGCGCAGGAGCUGCCGUGGCUUGGCAGAUAGAUACACGUAAGGUACCGUUAAUGUCGCAGCUUGUUAUAAACUGGUCACUCACUACAGUAAGCUAUCCUUUGUUGAUUAUUCUUGUCUAUGUGUUUGUUAAAGACGAAGAUGAUGCUGGUGAUGUUAGUGGUAAUAAGGUGUAGAGCAUUGAGUAGCUUUCUGUUUCUAGUACAACUACGUUGAAAUGCAUUUGAUAAAUCAUAUGCAGUGUUCUCUCGUUGGAAUACAUUUGAUAAUCGAUUACGUAUCUAAUAACAGAAAGAAAUACAGUUUCGAGGCAGUAAAAUGUCUAUGUACUUUAUGGUAUUUAUUGAGACUGUUUGGGUUGUCCUAAAGAGAGAGUUGUACACAACUUUUUGACUAUGAUUAAUCGUAGCUAAGGGUACAGAAUCUGACUUCACUGAAUGUAUAUAGAUGUCUUGUUGUACACGACAGUGUGAUCUGUGUUAUUUUUGGGACAGAUGAAUAAAACUGACUGAAAACAUCACCUCAAUAAAAUUCUCAAAAUUUGGAAGUUUUUGAAACAAAGACAAUAUGAUAAGUUGUUGCUUCUUCAUGACACCCAACACUUUUGAGUUUUGCCUCAAUAUAGCCAUAUUCAAGAAGUUUAUAUCCAAUUGUUGUACUAUCUGAAUCAUCAUCACAAGAUGAAGGAGAGAAAAUAUCUAGGGUAGACCCAGCAUGCAGUGUUCAUUGUAGACUUUAUGGGAAAAAAAAGUGGCCCUUGGUCUAAUAAAUGUUCAUAGAAGACGACGGUUAACCUACACAGAGUGAACAGUCAACACACGCUAGCACCACCAGAUCUGUCCCAUGCAUAUAUUUAUUAUUUUUCCACAUGUCACGAACACAGACUCCAAAGUCUUGAAUCACAUAGGCAACACACAGUACAUGGGCUAGGGUAAAGCUAAAGGUACAGAAUCUGACUUCACUGAAUGUAUAAAGAUAUGACUUGUUGCACACGACAGUAUGAUCUGUGUUUUUUUUUGGAACAUAUGAACAAAACUGACUGAGAAAUUCUAGUAACAGGACAAUAUAAAGAGUUGUUUGAUGCUUCAUGACACGCAUCACUUUUGAGUUUUGCUUCAAAAUAGCCAAUUCAAGAAGAGUUAUACCAACUGUAGUACUAUCUGAAUAAGAGUUGAUUUAAAUAUGUGGGCCUUGGUCUAAUAAUUGCUCAUAGAAGACGACGAGUAUGCGCCGCUUUAAUCACAAAUGAAAGCCAAUCAACACACGCUAUCACCACCACAUCUGUACCAUUGAAUUAUAUUAUCUUUCCACAUUUCACAUACACACUCUCUCUACUCUUGGAUCACAUAGGCAACAGAAAGUUUCACUAUUGUCAUUGGAUUCCAUGGAGACCAAAGAGAGUAAGAGUAUCCCUCUCCUCACAUCCUAUAAGAUGGGACCUUUCAAUCUUUCUCACAGGGUUGUUGUAGCGCCAAUGACGAGACAAAGAGCGUAUGGUUACAUCGCUCAGCCUCAGGCGAAGUUAUAUUACACUCAAAGAACAACACCUGGUGGUUUUCUUAUUUCUGAAUCUUGUGCAGUGUCCCACACAACAAAGGGGUAAUAUAUACAUAUAAUCAGUGCCGGUCCGGACUUUUCCGGCGCCUAAAGCGGACUAUAAAAAUGUUGUCCUUUUAUCCUAACUAAAUUUACCAUAUGAUAAUUAUAAAAUUAUAAUCAGUAAAUAUUACUCCUUAGAACUUAGGUUAUUUUAAACAAAUCCAAUAAAUACAAAAAACAUCAAAACAUUAUUUGCAGCUCAUCUUCUUUGUUUUCAUUUUCUAUUUUCAGUUCACUUGUUGAUUUCUACGGCUAUUUUUAGUAGCAUUUUCUACAAAUCUAAGAAAACAAAAAGAACAAAAAGUAUAAUUUAUAGAUAGAGCAAAACAUAUAGUAACAUAUGCUAACAUCAACUUUACAAUUUUUAUGUUUU